AGCCCCGUAUAAGCUACCGACAAGAGCUACCUUCACUGAUUCCGCGCUUCCCGCAUUGUACAAAGAAACCAAAGCAAAGGUAAUGGAAUCAAUGUGUAAAGCCAGACGUGUAGCCAUUACAAGUGACGCCUGGACUUCAGUCGCGCAACAGAGUCCUAUGUAACCAUAACAUCACAUUAUAUUAGCGAGGAUUGGAAGAUUGUAUCACAUGUGCUGCAGACGAGAGCAGUUUAUGAGAGCCACACUGGUGCUCAUAUGGCAAGGCUACUCUUGGAUGUUGUGGAGGAAUGGCAGCUUACAGAUAAAAGUGUUGUGCUGGUGACGGACAACGGCGCUAAUAUGAUUAGUGCUGCUGAAAUUGGGAAGUUCCCUCAUGUAAAAUGCUUUGCGCAUACGUUGAACCUCGCUGCACAGCGGGCGCUUAAGCUACCGGCGGUCUCCAGGCUUCUGGGCAGAGUCCGACGUAUCUCAGCAUACUUCCACCGCAGCACAAAGGCAAAGCACCUGUUUGAAGAAAACCAGAGAGUUGUUCUUAAACUGACAAGUCCACUUAAACUGAUAACAGAUGUCGCCACAAGGUGGAAUAGUGCUCAUGAUAUGAUGAAGAGGUUUUUGCAACUGCAAGCUGCAGUGCAUGCCACCCUGCUGUCGCCUGCCCUAAAUGUAGAUGAAAGUGACAUCGUCACUCUCAGCAGAGCCGAUCUGGCUAAUGUGGAGGAAGUAGUGAAGACAUUAAAACCAGUGAAGGAUGCCACUGUGUUUAUGUCAGAGGAGAGCAGUCCUACAGUCAGCCUAAUUGCACCAGUAUAUGCCCAACUCCUCCAGAGCAUGUCCGACACUAUUGGAGACCAACCACUGAUCCGUGAUGUGAAGAAUGCCAUCAAAACAGAUCUCCUUAAGAGGUACAAUAGUGAGGCAGAGAAAAAGAUCCUUCAUACAUCCUCUGCCCUGGAUCCUCGCUUUAAGGGGUUACCUUUCCUGACAGAGGAGGAGAGAUUGGAUGUCUCCGCAGGAGUGACUUCAGAGGCUGCAUCCCUGGAGGAGUAUGAGAGAAAACAGAGAACAGAAGCAGAUCAAGCGCCUGGCAGAACAGGAAGUUCAGGAACCAAGGAAGAGUUGCUGUCCGUGGAUGACAAUGUGUCAGACUCAGCAGGCCCCUCCGCUCCGCUCCCAAAAAAAGGGCCUCAUCGCUGCUUUUAAGUUUGCUGGGACCUGCUUUCAUCAAUGACACCAGUGAACCUGCAGUACAAAGUAAGACCGCCGAUGCCAGUGCUGAGGAGGAAAUGGACUUGUACUGUAGAUCCCCAGCUGUGCCUCUCUCUGAGGAUCCCUUGGACUGGUGGCAUCGCCAUAAGGGCACAUUUCCUCUCCUCUCUAGGUUAGCAAAGAGAUACUUGUGCAUCCCCGGGACAAGUGUGUCAGCAGAGAGAGUCUUCUCCACUGCAGGAGAUGUUAUCACUGGAAAAAGAAGCACUCUCAAACCGGACCAUGUUGAUCAGCUUGUGUUUUUGCACAAGAACCUUGAAAUUCCCAAAUGCUAAACAGUGAGAAGUUAUGAUGUAGGCUUAGGUUAAACUAUACAUUUCCUCACUCUGAAACGGAUUGUUGAUGAUGGUGAUGUUGAACUCAGACGGAAGAAGUUGUUUGUUUGCACAAAUUUGGUAGUAGGCUAAGCCUACACACUUUAUUUUUGGUUUACAUUACUGUAUUUCACAUCUUAAUAUUUUAUUGUAUGCAUAUAAUUGUCAUUGUCUUAAAGCUGCUAAGCUGCUGUUUUGUUGAGAAUAGUUUGCACUUUACUUUACUACUUGAAAAAAGUUUCACAGUAAUAAGUGGUUACUGUGUGUUGUUGCACUGAAUAUUUUUAUUUCUGGGUGGUUGUUGUUAAAAUAGUGUUACUUAUUAUUUUAAUAUUUGCACAGGGACUUCAGGAAGUGCCCUGUCUUAGAGCUGCUAUUUUACUGUGUGUAAAAAAAAAAAGCACUGAAAGCAGUGAUUUUGAUUGUUUUCUUUUUCAGGUUUGAAAAUGCCAUAUCCAAUACCCUGUACCAUUUAAUUUGAUUUAAUU